CAGCCCAAUUGCUUGUGACUUCUUCGUCUCUUCUCCUAUCCCCUAAGCCCUAGUUUUCGCUAGUCCCCUCGAGAGCCGAGAGCACCUUGCCCAUUCCCGCCGCCGUCAGCGACCAAGCCUCUCUGCUACCGCCAGAAGAUGGAAAUCGACAGGACCACGAGCGCGGCCGCGGCGGGAGACUCCUCCUCUGGGGCGAUGGCGGUGGACGCGGCCGGCGGCACGGAGAGGCCGCGGUUCGAGCCGCUGAUGCCGAGCGAGAUGAGCGGCGGGAGGCCCCAGUUCCGGAAGGUGCCCGUGCCUAGCCACCGCUUCGCGCCGCUGAAGAGGUGUUGGAUGGAGAUCUACACGCCAGUCUACGAGCACAUGAAGGUCGACAUCCGCAUGAACCUUAAGGCAAGAAGGGUGGAGUUGAAAACAAGGCAAGACACACCGGAUGUGAGCAACCUUCAGAAAUGCGCAGAUUUUGUACAUGCUUUUAUGCUUGGGUUUGACAUAGCAGAUGCUGUUGCCUUGCUACGUCUUGAUGACCUUUAUGUGGAUUCAUUUGAGAUUAAGGAUGUGAAGACACUGCGAGGGGAGCAUCUGUCACGCGCUAUCGGACGACUAUCGGGGAAGGGUGGCAAUACCAAAUAUGCCAUUGAGAACUCUACCAGGACCCGCAUUGUUAUCGCUGAUACAAAGAUCCAUAUUCUUGGGUCCUUUGUCAACAUCAAGGUUGCUCGCGACUCACUUUGCAGUCUUAUCUUAGGGUCCCCUGCCGGCAAAGUCUACUCUAAGCUGAGGGCAGUAUCUGCUAGGUUGGCAGAAAGGUACUAAAUGUAUCUGUUCCCUUCAUAUAGUCGCAAUUUUGGACUCAUGGUGUACUAGGCGAGUUGUGUGUGCCUUUGUUUACUGUAUGCUCUGAAGAGCAGAGUUGGAUCGAGCUGCUGAGAGAUAUGAUAUGCCUUGCUAUUUGCUGUGACCCA